UACUCCAGAUAUAACAGAUUGACCCUAGCCCCCCGACACAUAAAUUAUUGCAGCAUAAAUACUGGAGGAUAAUUGUGCUUUGAAUGUUGAUCAGCUUGUAAACUCACUGUUGAGAAAAAUUGCCUUUGAAUGUUUUGGUAUCGAGUGAAGAACUCGUCAUUGUCAACACUCAUUCAGCAUCGUUCACACCCUCUUAAGCUUUAGUCCCACCCAUCUCGUUUCGUUCUCAGAGCGCAUACCUGACACUCUGGCCGAUGAUUUGUUUACCUCCCGACAACAUGAAAACAGCCUAACCAACCUAGCUGUAUUUUGUUUUAUUGCGUUUUAUUCUAGACGUUUACUGACACCGGCCAUAUUCAACGUGUGUUGUACACACGUCACGUAACGUCAGCCAACGGGCCAGCCAGCUAACAUUAGCUAGUUAAACAACAAUGAACACAGUGCCAAUAAUACCACAGUGCUGGAGCUAAUCAGCCAGGUUCAAUGUUAGUUAGCUGGGUAACAUUAGGAUCUAACUAGAAAAGCAACAGGCUCUGAGAACAGCUGCCUAUUAUAAUACACUAUUAGAUCAUAGCGUUUUCCUUCUACGUUCCUUGUACGUUCCUUGUACGUUCCCAGGAAUACUGGUCAAACGGAGACAAGAGUCGCUAUGUCCCAAAAGAGGUGUCAUUUCUCUAAUUUGUAACCAUGGAAAUCAUGGGAAUCCUCCUGGCUGCAAUCUCAUUGGUCGGCGCGUGUUUAAUAACCACAGUGGUGUCAUUGGUCUUCGUUCACUUCAAAAAGACUCCCAUUGACAGGGCCAACAACUCUGAGCUGAGCUUCCUGGGGAAAACAAUAGUGGUGUUGAUGGCCUUAAGGGCUACACUUCCAGCCAGUAAUGUCAUGAAAUGGUUUGGUCCUUCACAGCAGAGACUCAGUGUUCUGGCUUUCACUCUCAUACAGGUCCUGAUUUGUGCUCUUUGGUUAACAGUCUCCCCUCCUUCCCCCUACAGGAAUAUGAAAACCUACAAGGAAAAGAUCAUUCUAGAGUGUGAUGUGGGUUCAGCAAUUGGUUUCUGGGCUGUGUUGGGCUAUAUAGGACUCCUGUCUCUCUUGUGCUUUGUGCUGGCUUUUCUGGCUCGGAAGCUGCCUGAUAACUUCAAUGAGGCCAAAUUCAUCACCUUCAGCAUGCUCAUAUUCUGUGCAGUCUGGAUCACCUUUAUCCCAGCUUAUGUCAGCUCUCCUGGGAAGUUCACUGUAGCUGUGGAGACAUUUGCUAUCCUGGCCUCUAGUUAUGGUUUACUUUUCUGUAUAUUUGCUCCCAAGUAUUAUAUCAUAUUACCUCAACUUUAUACACACUUUUAGUAUUGAGAGGGGUUAGGGAGGUUGUGGGCGUUAGACAGGUGCACUGGUUGCUUCCCCUCCCCCAAAAUGGUCAGUAUUGUGAAAUCAUUCUAAAGUUAAGGAAAUGUUUGAAUGGAGGAUGCUGAUCCGAGAGCAGCGUUGUCUUUCUUUCGAUGCUAUCAAUAUCGACACGCUCUCCAACGACACACUUAGCGACCGUUCUCUCUGCGUAAUGUUUGGGGAAACGCAUGUUAAGUCUUCGGCCCUGGAUUGUGAGGAUAAAUGGUAGGCAGGAUUUCUGCUAUCGACUUUAUAUUUUAAUUAUUAUUUUGGGUUUAGGGGUCUGGUCACUUGUAUUUUUUUAAUCUUUCAUGGAGAGUUUAGUUAAAAUAUGCUUUUCCUGAAGGGAGGGCCAUCGAUUUUAAAUUGCAGUUAGGUCCGAUUUUCUCCACGUACCGCUUAUUAUAAAUAACCUACCGUACAUGUUGACUGAUUGAAAUAAGUUAAUUCCUAGAGACAAAUUAUGACUAGAAAAACAAU